AUGCUCUGCGGAAACAGACAUCCUGGCAACCGACCUGACGAGCUAACCACAGCACAAUGCAGUUGGCUAGCUAGCUAACGAGUUAAAUCGAUAUAACUCAUACAGUCUACCGUUUGAGAAGAGGUUAACACCAAAUGUAAGUCGUGUGACGCAUAGAAGCUGUUUUUAUUUUUUCGUAUGAGGCUUGUGAAUACGCUAAUGUAACUUGCUAGCUGGCUAACGUUAGCGAGCUAACUGCAUUGCAACCGGAGCACGAAGCUAGCCAGUAGUGAGGCGCUCCGUUAUGUGACGUUAGCCAGGUCGUUAACAUCAAGUAACUUUGUAGUUCUUACUGUCGAGGUCACAUCUGGCGAAUAGUUGUGAGGAUUAAGCGUCUUGUGAACAGUUAAGAUCCACGUGAUGAUGACUUAGGUUUGGAGAAAGUGAUAAAUUAAGGAGGACUCAGGAGGGCAGAACUGAUACAGCUGUGAAUGUCAGUGUACUGUGGUCACUGCCAGAAGAGAGUGAACCAGUUGUUUAGGCUUAUUUGAAAGUACAAGAUAGAAGUGUAACAUGAAAGUCAUGGAGAAAAAUGUGAUGCGUCUCGUGGCUGUGCAACACCUCCGGGCAGCGUAUGGGAUAAAGACAAAGAACUGGAACAAAAACAAAGCAGCCAGCUUCAAGUCAGCAACCAGCAGCUCGACAAAGGUUUUCGGGGUGUCCCUGGAGAGCUUACCCUACUAUAAUAUGGAAUGUGGGAGUGUGCCAAGCUUCCUGGUUGACGCAUGCAUGAUACUGCUGGCGCAUGUCGACACAGAGGGGCUGUUCAGAAAGUCAGGCUCUGUCGUUCGCCUGAAAGCACUCAGGGCAAAACUGGAUGCGGGUGAGGAGUGCCUGUCCACUGCGCUUCCCUGUGACGUGGCUGGGCUGCUGAAGCAGUUCUUCAGGGAGCUGCCGGAGCCCGUGUUACCCACAGAGCUGCAGGAGGCCUUCCUCAAGGCCCAGCAGCUCCCCACCGAGGAAGAUAGGACCUCUGCCACCAUGCUGCUGUCUUGUGUGCUACCCGAUAAAAACCUAAGCGUCCUGCGAUACUUUUUUGACUUCCUCCACAAUGUGUCUAAGAGGAGUGCAGAGAAUAAAAUGGAUAGCAGCAACUUGUCUGUAAUCUUGGCUCCCAACAUCCUUCACACCGGAGACGGUACAGAGAAGAUGAACGCCAACACUGAGAAACGCCUCAAGCUCCAGGCAGCCAUAGUGCACUGCUUCAUAGAGAAUGCCAACAACUUUGGUGUGUUACCGCAGUUUCUUCAAGAGAAAGUUCCAGCCAUGAUGGGCUGUGAGGCGGGGGCUCUGUCCCCCAGUCACGAUGGACUUGAGGAGCUGGAUUUAAACUCAGGGAUGAAGAGAAGGCACAGACGCAGCUUCGGAGAAAUGGUCAAUGGUGCUCUGAAUAAGAUAAAAACUAAUAGAACACCCACAAGUGCCACCCAGUCAGACAGUCUUGUCUUUUCUUCUGCCACUCCUGUGAUUGCAACACCAACCUCAAAGAGAAAGCUUCCUUUGGAAUCCGGUCACUCUUUCGGAUUCUCAAACAAGAAACGUAGAUCUGUCAAAAAGACCCUUGGGAUAGAAUUACUUCCCAAUACUUUGUUCAGCGGGACCUCCACGCCUGGAUCAGCAUACAGUGCUUCAGGGGUGUUGGAUUCUUCCCAAAAUACACUGUCGUCGGCAGGGAAGUCUAGAAGGCAGUCUGCUGUCUCUUCAAGGAGAAAGAGCCGACGACUUAGCAACAGAAAUGCCAUCAACAGAGUUGAAUCUGGAAGAGCCGGCUGCUUUUCUCCCAAAGUCGGCAAGAAAGAAGCACCACGCAAGUCCCUGCGCAUGCGUUUUAGCCUGGGGAAGAGCAGCAAGGAGGCUGCAUCUGAGGCCGUUGGCUGGCGACUUGCCACUCAGGAGAGCACCACCAGUUUUUGUUUCACCAAAGAGACAGAGUUCAGUCCAGCGGUUCUGCCGAGAAAAGCAGAAUCCAAAAGCUCCAAAUACAUCAGUAAGUCUGAAGACAACUUGCUGACCCCCCAAUGUGACUCAAGUGCCCACCGGACUUCAUGGAGCGGGGAGACUCCUCUGGGAGCCCAGGCUUUCAGCGGAGGGUCUUUCACUGAAACCCCUAUGAACAUGUGCCUAAAGAACACCUACCUAUCUGAGCCAGCUAUCGUAUCAAAGCCCCCAGCGAUGGCCAGCUUUCCCAAGAAGCUGUGUUGUGCCUCCAGCGCUGAGAGCUUAGAGAGCGAGGGCUGCAUUACUGAAGCCCAGAGCCAAACGGGCCCCACCCUGCUGAAAAUAAAGAAGGCCUUCACGGAGUCCGGCAGUGAUCUCCAGGCCGUCAUACAGGAGCCCUGCAACUCUACGGGGACAGACGCAACAAAACUACCAGACAUCCUCUUAGUCCCUCCACCAGAGACUCCGACAGUUGUUUCUGUGGAAGCAGAGGCCGACAGCUGUCCUGCCCAGCAGAGCCCUCUGGCGAAUGAACAGAACAUUACCUUUGGCCAGAUUGAAAUUGCCGCUUUAUCGCCUUUACAUAUUGACAGUGUAAUUUUUGAGUCCGGUGAAUACCGUCCUUCAGCAGUACAAGCUGAUAACGUUUCUGUCUGUGCUGCUCCCGUCAGUAGCCACAACAGCUCUGUGGCGGGAGACAGUGAAGAGGAGGUGGAGCAGGUGAACUGCAGCCGGCUGAUAGAAGCUCUGGACAUCCAGAGUCCUGCUCACUUCAAACUGGGUGUCCCCUCUGGACUGCAGUCCACUCCAUACAAGCGGGGCCGUGAUCUAAGACAUGAGUUCAGCACACCUCCUAAGAUUGGUACUAUAGUCAGCGCGGUACAUGAAGAAAAUGAAUCUUCCCCAGACGGUGGUAUCGCAGUCCAAAACCAACAACAAUGCAGUCUGGAGAAUGAGAAGCGUCGGGUGUUGGACCACAUUCAUCACUUCAACAGGCUCACCCUUCGUUCUCCCAGACGCUCCAACGCCAAGCAAAUCAGAUCACCACUCAAGUUCCAGCGCACCCCCGUGCGCCAGACCGUCCGUAGGAUCAACUCUCUGCUGGGAGACAGCAGGAGACCCGCUACCAUCGGCCGCAGCAGUCAGGUGGUGAAGGCAGUGAGUCUGGAGAGUGGCCUCUCCCCUUGCCCACAGCUCCAGCCUUACCACGAAGACACACAAGCGGAACUGUCCAACAGUGUUUUGCCCAAAAAGAAACCACCUCCCAUCCCACCCAAGAAGCCAAGCACCUUGGCCCGGAAGUCCAAAGUGUGUGCUCUGGGCGAUGUGACCAACAAGGUCCAAGCAAAGACCAAAGUGGACUGUUUUGACUCUGAUCUAUCAGGAGCUCUGAAGCCUCUCGUGCAGCAGGUAGUAGAGAAGGACAUGAACUAUUACAGAGGCUCACCUAAAAACCCCCUCAACCAGGUACGACUGCUGUCUGCCACCAAGCCUGUCGAUUUAUAGCUUAAAAUCUUUUACGUUUCCUCCUCACUAUGCAGCCUCUGUCUGCUAGGAUGAUAUGACAUUAAACAUUCCUUCUUAUGUUAUCCAUAUUUUCAGGGGUUUUAAUUUAUUUUUAGCUACAGUAGGUGCUGGAUGUGUUGUGUUAGGGCCUUAAUGGGAGAUGUUCAUAUGCCUUAAGUUUAGGAUCCGCCUACAGGACUGUUGCAUAGUGUGUAGACUGUAGCGUGCAGGCCAAAUUAUGUGAAAUGUGAUCGAUGGUAUGACUGGAAAUGUUUAGAUCAAGUCUUGCGCUUUUUAUUUAUGCAUUUUAUAUCUAAUCUUAGCUAGAUGUUAAACUGUUUACUGAAGCUGCAGAUGUUUCUUCAUUACAGAAUAUUUUUCUAACUGUUUCUUGUCAGGAACAAAAAGAUGGGAGAAAUGCACCUUUGUUGGAUUUUAUGACAAAAAAAAAAGCCAAACAGUAUUGAUCACAUAAUCUUGUCUAUCGCAGUCCGUUCAUUUCAAAACCAUCCUUCCUUGUGAACUGCUUCAGACAAAUAAAAUCAAAC